AUGAAUACUAAUAGAGACUCAGCAAGCAAAAAAAGAGAAAGAUAAUAAGAGGACAAGGACUGGAAUGAGAAAGAUUGGGAUUUGGCUUGGAGCUUACCUAUCGAGGAACUACAGGAAAGAUUGACCAAACUAAAGUAUGCAGGCAGAAUUAAGAAUUUAUUAAAGGCGGAUUUAGUAAAUAUUUACUUGAAGCUUAUGAAAUAGCUCAGAGAAUCAUAAUUACAAUUAGAGGCCUAAAAAAAGGUCAAAAGAACAUCUUCAGCCAAAAAAAACCUUGAACAAGAAUCUGAUGCCAAAUAAUCAAAAAAAAGAAGAAGAAAUGAUAUUGAGGAAAGUGAUGAUCAUGAUUCCCUAUUGGAAUAAAUUGGCAAAUCAAGUGCUGCAGGCAAACAUAGAAAGCUAGAAAGAGAUAAUACUUAGGAACCAAGAUCUGACAAUAACAUUACAAUUGGAGGAAAUAAUUAAUAAAGAAAGACGAGUGUACCGGCUUUCCUGAGAGGAAAAGGACCUGCAAAUGAUAAUGCUACAGCGUAAACUCAAAAAUAACUUUAGAAUUAAAAUGAUAAUAGAAAUGGCAAUAGAAAUUUAGAUAAUAAUGCCACCAAUUCAGAGGAAUCCGAAGAUAAUAUAAGACUUUAGAACUAAAUUACACAGUAGAUCUAGCAAUAAUAAAAUUUAAAUAAUAAAUAAAGGAAAUCUUGGUUCUAAAACAAGGAUGAACUUGGGGCUACAAUAAAUUAAAGUGUAGCAAAUGAGUCUUUGGAGAGUUCAAGAAAAACAAAUAAGCAAAUUUUAGCACCUAGAUUGACUAAAGAUUAAGCCAAAGAAACUAUUGAGAGGUGGAAUAGUUUGCAUUAGCAACCUAACUAGCAGACUACUCAAUAAGUGAGGCAAAACUAAUAAAUUUAGCAGCAAAGGUAGGAUCAGUAAUAGCAAUAAUUAAAUCAAUAGCAAUAAUAGCAAAUUAGAAUGUCAAAUUCACCAAAGAGAAAUUCAUAAGAAGAAAGCUCUGAAUAAUUGCCAAGAGGUAAGGAAUUAGAGUCUAUUAUGAGAAGAGUAUCACAAGUGGGAAAGGAUCUAUAAGUUUAGUAAGAUGAAACUUAAGAGUGGAAAACAAAAAUGGCUAAGAUAUAAAAACAAUACAUUAUUGAUUAAGUAAAUCAGCCAGUACCUCAAUAGUAAUAAUAAAUAAAUAGAGAUGAAUAUGUCCCUUCUAAGAAAUAACUUAAUAACUCUAAAAAAUCGAUUGAGAACCUAACAAUGGCUGAUAUAAAUUCAUUUUAAAAUGAAAGUCAUACUUAAUCAAAUGGUCCAGCCUAAAUUAAACUAAGUUCUUGGGCUCAAUCCAAUAAUAAUCCAGGACCUCAAAUGAUGAAAUAGUCUUCAAAUCUGAUUCAAUAGCAUCACCAAACUCCGAUAUUUGAGGAGAGAAAUUAAAAUUUGAACUUAAAUAAUAAUAGCGGCAAUGCAGAAUUAUCUGAUAGUAGAUCUAGUGCUUAUCAUGAUGCUUAUGAACAAAAUCCUCAAAUUAACAAUUAAAGUUUCAACAGACAGAGUACAUUUUAGCAACCUUCUUAAGGACUAAUUCACAUAAACUAACCAGGUUUAUCAAGAAACCAAUCAAGCAACUAACCCUUUACAUACUAACCACCAUCUCAUAGGAAUUCUUUACUUUCAAAUUAAAAUGAGAGGCCUUCAUUUAUCAGGUAAAGAGUGUAUGAAGAAUCAGCUGCGGCUAGAGACUUCAACCUAGGUGUUGAUGCUAGAGAAAAAAGAAAUAGUUUUUAGCCAAGUACUGUCAACAAAUUCUAAGAUCAAAAUGAUAGCUUCAAUAGAUCUUAGAACCUAACAAAUGAUGGUCCAUUUCAAAGACAGAGUAAAAAGAUAUAACUUCCUAAAUAAAUAUUAAAAGAAAGAAGGAGAAAUGAAAGCAAUGAUGACUUUGACGAUGAUCCUCGUGGGAUGAGGAAGAUUAUUCAAUAUUCUCUAUUCUAAAAUCCUUGCAUUAUCUUCUUCUUGAUAAUAGGAAUCGCAAUCCUGACAGGAGUUUUAGGGAUGAAAUUUAUUGUUAAAGGGCCAACAUAUUGUUCAAAUACUCUAUCAAGUGAUCAUAAAUUUAAAAUCGAUAGUGCUCAUAGUUGUGAGGCAUUUAGAAACGAUCAUGAACUCUAUAGAUUAUGUAGGUAAUACAAAGGCUGUAGAGAAUGUCCUGUGCAUGGAAUAUGUUAAGAUGGGAAAUUUAUCUCAUGCGAAAAGGGAUAUAUCUAAGAAGGUGAAAAAUGCGUGGAGGAUCAUGAAAUCUAUCAAUUUUCAAACUACAUUCUAAGGUAGCAGUUCGACAGUAUUGAUAGCAUUCAGCUACUCAACAAGAUAAUAACCAUAUUAAAUGAAAACGAGAACACUAAUUUAUUUGAUAUUCAUUGGGACCCAAUAUAUAUGAGCUUCAAUAAUGCUAAAUAAACUAAGAUAGUUGAAGCAAACAAAGAUAAAAUUAGAUUCUACGCUGAGAUACCUUACCUUACUUACAAGUAGAGCUUUAUACUUUUUAUUAGAGAGAAUCUCCUUUUUAUAAUUUUCGGGAUCUCAUUUUUUAUCUAUACAUCAACAAAGAAUAAGGUUGGCACAUUAACAGGUAUUUCCUAGACUGAUAUUCUGCAAAAGUAUCUAUAACUUGAGAAAAAAGAUGAUGGGCUUAGUAGGAAUGAAAAUACUUUCAAUUCAAGGGUAUGGCCUGAGCUAGAGAGACUCAGAAAAUAGGAUAAAUAGUUGCAGGUUUACGAAAGAAUGCAAUUUGGUAAGUUCGUUCCUGUUUGGCAACUUAAAUGA